ACCUCCCCUUUCUUUCCCGUCCUUCGUUCUUUUUUCAUUUCUUUCCUUUUUUUUGUGCUGGUUCUGGUUAAACGUUAUUUGCACUUUUGUUGGGAAAGUGGCCCCUGGUGUGCAAUUAUGUCAAAUUUCUUUGAGUUUUACAAUUUAAUGGAGAACAGUAACUCUUUUAUUGAUCCUAGACGGGGCCGGCUCCUCUUCCCCCAUCUUCCCCUCGCCUCUCCCUUUCCCCUCCCACCCCUCCUCCCCCCGUCCCAGUCCUACCAAAUGUCACUCAAUGUUUCUUACGCUCCCAUCAGUUUCCAAAACAAACAGUGAGAGCCGCAGCCUCCUCUCGCCUCACUUGGAGCACCUCGCCGUGCCCGCUGCCCCCCGACGGCCGCCGACUGCGGGCCCCCACCGCGCCCUCAUGGAGCCGCCGCCCGGAGCUUCGCCUCCCGCCUGAGCCCAGCGGCCGCCCGGGGGGAGCCCGGCCCGGGCUGUGGGGGGCGGGGGGGGAUGGCGCUCAGCUCCCGGGCUCACGCCUUCUCGGUGGAAGCUCUCGUGGGCCGCUCGGCCAAGAGAAAGGGACCCGACGGCCGCGACGAGGAGAGCGGGGCGGGCUGCAGGCAGAGCCGCAGAGCCGCAGAGCCCGAAAAGCGGCCCAAGGCCGGCGCCGAGAGCCGGGAGGUGGGGGACGAGGUGCAGGUGGAGCUGCAGGGCGCCGAGCUCUGGAAGAGGUUCCACGAGAUCGGCACCGAGAUGAUCAUCACCAAGGCCGGCAGGCGGAUGUUCCCAUCGGUCAGGGUGAAGGUGAAGGGGUUGGAGCCACUGCAGCAGUAUUACAUCGCUAUCGACGUUGUGCCAGUGGACUCCAAACGGUACAGGUACGUCUACCACAGCUCACAGUGGAUGGUGGCUGGGAACACGGACCACUCCUGCAUCACACCACGGCUCUACAUCCACCCUGACUCGCCCUGCUCGGGGGAAACAUGGAUGAGGCAAAUCAUCAGCUUCGACCGGGUGAAGCUCACCAACAACGAGAUGGAUGACAAGGGUCACAUCAUCCUGCAGUCCAUGCACAAAUACAAGCCCCGUGUCCAUGUUAUCGCCCAGGACUCCCGCUUCGACCUGGCGCAGAUUCAGUCUCUGCCGGCUGAGGGGGUGCACACCUUCUCCUUCCAGGAGACCGAGUUCACCACGGUGACAGCCUACCAGAACCAGCAGAUCACCAAGCUGAAGAUCGAUAGGAACCCCUUCGCCAAAGGCUUUCGGGACCCUGGCAGGAACAGGGGAGUGCUGGAUGGGCUCCUGGAGCCCUUCCCAUGGCGGCCACCACUCGCUCUGGACCUGAAGACCUUCAGCGCGGACAGCCAGGGAAGCAGCUCCAGCUCUUCCCCAGUGACCUCCAGUGCUGGGACACCUUCUCCUCUCAACCCACUGCUGUCCCCUCCGUGCUCACCUCCCACCUUCCACCUGGCUGUGAGUGGUGCCGGAGCGCCGUGCCCUGAGCCCCACCUGCCUGGCCUUGGCGUGCCUCUCUGCUACCGGCUGUGCCCUGCCAACCUCCUCCGCCAGCAGCCCCUCAUCCUCCCCAGCCACCAGAAGCCAGGUGGCCCUGGUCCCCCAAUCCUGCCCCACUUUGUGGUCGAUGUACCCAAGCUCUCCUCCCUCGGCAUCGCCAGCCUGAAGAGCACUAAGUCUGAAGACCUGAGCGGGCCGUGUCUGCAGGUCCCCAACUCCACCAGCCAAAUGCUGUAUGGAUUACACGCAUCUGGAAACAUUUUCCCAUCGAGUCCCAUUGCUCGGGAAGCACUUAAUUGUUCCUUACAUCCUCCAUAUGGUUUGUACGGCUACAGCUUCUCCGUGCCAUCCAGACUGACGAGUGCAGCGAGCCAUUUCGGAGUGAGUGACAGCCUGCCCGCUGCCUUCAGAGACGGCCGAUGCAAUCACGCCAGCUGGCACUCAGCAAUUAACCACUGCCUUUAGCGGGACGUUGUCAUGUUUCCAAGCAUCGGUAUGUAACGCUGACCCGUUCCCCAGCAGGACGCAGGGUCUUGUUAAUUGCUGAGUAUGAAACAUGGUGCGGUGCAGGAGCGGUCUGGAGGGCCUUUAAUUUGGUGGUAAACGUGCAGUAUUGUAUGCAGCACAGAGGUUUCUGUUUUCCUGAAACCAUCGAGCUUCCCUGCAGUCAGCCCCGAGCCCCACCAGCUCCUGCUCAUCCCUCCUGCAGAUUUCCCCUAAUUCCAAAGGGACCCUCAAAGAAUGUGGGUGAGCAGAGGAGCUGCACGCAGCCGGGGGCUGGAGCGCACUCCUGCAUUGACUUGGAGCUGCUCAACCCCAUGGAAGUGCCUUGGUGCCACAGGACCCACAUCGUAGUGCAGACAUAGAUCGAAGGUUCUGGUGCUGCAUUAAAGACACAGGGCCCUAUGCAGGGCUUCCCAGAGCCGUCUCCAUGCACCCCAUCCCCACGCAGUGCUGGGGGUGAGGAGAGCAGGAACUGCAGAGGAUGAGGAUUGAGCAGAAUUAUGGACACCCAUCCCACGGUCUCAUUUGUUUUAUUUUCACCUGUGAUAAUUGUGUUAUUCCUGUAAAUAAUCUCUGGCUCUGGGGACACACUGCAGCUCACUGUAAGUUGGGGCACAGCUUAUAUUCACUCCCCAAAGCCACUUCUGUUACCUAUGACAGAUGUGAUACAAAGUGCCUGAUGGGGACCUGCCGUAUUUUGGGAUUAAGUAAAGAGAAUUCUGUAUCUACAAACAUAACAGCAAUAUAUAAGGAUUAAAAGUAGGUUUAAAAAU